CCUGAUUGGACUAGUUCCCCGAUCUAUCUUGCACUGUAUUUAGAUAUGGCCCGGCUCUUAGGUCAUGAACUUCCUAAAUAAUAUAUAGACGGCUCAGCUCAAAUCCUCGAUAGACUAUAAUCCCUCUACAAUCAAUUGGCUCUCCUGCCACCGUCUGUCGACCAUGGCGACAAAGCUCUGCCGAAGCAGAGCUCUUGCCUCAGCUCUGCGACCUGCGAAACCCUCGUUGCCGUCCCGUACCGAGCAGGUCGCCGUUCGAUGCAUCUCUGCGACCGCUCGUCAAAAUGUCAAUAUGCCUAAGGAUGCUCCGAAUAUGAGGCAUGCGCCGCGAGAGCACCCCAAGGAACUUAAGGCGCCUAUCGUCAACCCUACAGACAAGUACUCCACCAAAGCCAACGACCUCCACCGGUACGGAGCUUGGCUUAUGGGCUGCUUGCCCAAGUACAUCCAGCAGUUCUCCGUCUGGAAGGAUGAGCUAGUUAUCUAUAUCCCUCCCGCCGGCGUCAUACCCGUGUUUUCAUUCCUCAAGUACAACACGGCUGCCGAAUUCACUCAAAUGAGCACCGUUACGGCCGUCGACUUCCCGACCAGAGACCAACGAUUCGAGAUUGUCUACAACGUACUAAGCGUAAGACAUAACGCACGAAUCCGAGUCAAGACGUACGCCGACGAGGCGACGCCGGUGCCGAGUGUCACCCCUCUAUACGACGGCGCCAACUGGUACGAGCGAGAAGUCUACGACCUGUUUGGCGUCUUCUUCCUCAACCACCCGGAUCUACGUCGAAUCAUGACCGACUAUGGUUUUGAAGGCCACCCCCUGCGGAAGGAUUUCCCGUUGACAGGAUACACCGAGAUCCGAUACGACGAAGAGAAGAAGCGCAUUGUCACCGAGCCGUUAGAGCUGACGCAAGCCUUCCGUAACUUCGAGGGAGGCUCAACAGCCUGGGAGCCAGUUGGUCCUGGUGACAACCGCAAGCCCGACACCUUCAAACUACCCACACCUAAGCCCGAAGAGGAGAAAGAGGAGCCUAAGAAAUAGAUGCCAGUUAGGCGGCUUGUACAUAACUGUGACGCAAUUGACGCUAUUACCAUUUGGCACUCUAGCCACAUUAUUGUCUAGAUCAAAAGAACACUGACCAAAGCACAAGUGCAUUGCUAUUAGGUUGUGGUAGGUCAGGAAUGUAAACUUUACUAAUAGGCGCUGUUAUUGUAGUUAAGAUGGCGUAUCGCCAGUCUUGCGAUUACAGAUACCAAUAUAACUCUCGGUUUCAGCUAUCAUUGUACUAUAUCUACGUCUCAAAGUGUUCAAUACCACUCUGCUCCUCUCCUCCAACGCCGCUCCGCGUCUUAGCCGCAUUCGUCAUCGACGCCUUCAUCGUACGAGCCUGCUGGCCGGUAGCAGCCUCAGCCUUCUUCCCUCCCUGAAGCUGGUUCGCGGACCGAGUGUUAGGAUUCUCGUCUAAUCCGCUGCCUGGGCCGGGUGCAGUAUGGCCGUACUUGGCUGCGAAGUAUCAGGCUAUCAGCCUACUACAUAGUAGAUGUACCAAGACGCUAGAACUCACUUAAAGAGGGCCUGUCAGUACUGUUUGCUUCGGCCUGCUGGAAUAACGAUGGCAUGGCGUAGUAUCUGCUCCGGUGUGAUAUGCUAUCCCGUUUGCUUGCGGUUACUACCUGAUAAUGGGACUAUUAUUCUUAAACGUAUGAUCAUAUAUUUCUUGCUUAUCUAUCACAAUCAACGCC